AUGCCUCGUAAACCUCAUGGUCAAUGUUUAAUAUGCGAUGAUGACGCCAUUGGUAUCAACUUUGGCGUACCAACAUGUAUGCCAUGUAAAGCAUUUUUCCGACGUAACGCAAAUCUAGUCGGUACUCGUGAUUUUAUAUGUCAACAUGAUGGAGAGUGUUUAAUAACAUAUAAAUAUCGUCGUUCAUGCAAUUGUUGUCGUCUGGCAAAAUGUUUCCGCGUUGGAAUGAAAAAGUCAUUCAUACUAACUGAUGAAGAACGUGAAUCUCGUAAUAAGGUAGUCGCAGAAAAUCGUCUCAAACGUGGAAAAAUACCGAAACCGCAAACUAUCGUAUGGAUGCAGUUGCCGAAAUUACUUAGCGUAUCACCAAACUCAACUCAAUAUCUUUCUCCGUUAGACGAAGCUCUUCUUUCAAAUAUUUUUCAUGCAUAUGAAAAAACUUGCAUUGCAGCAAGAAAUGCUCAAUUUCCAUCUUUUCCUGCAGCGAAAUAUGAUUCAUUACAUGAUUUUUUCAAUGAAAUUUCUCUCGCAUUUCCAGUAUUUAUUGAAUAUUUUAAACUUAUACCUGAAUUCGAAAAUAUUAUGAUGGACGAUAGAAUACGCUUAUUAAAAAAUCACUUCUGUAUUAUUGUUAACAUCAAUGAAUUUUUAAUGCAUCCAGAAACAUCAAGUAAUCUUGUUGCAACAUGGACAAAUUUAUUUGGUAUCGAUGUAACGGAACGUCUUUUAAAACGUAAUCAAUUACUUGAUGCAUUUCUCUAUGAUUUUAUUCUAUUGAAACUUGUUCUUAUUGUUCUCGUCCUUUCAAGCAGCAAUAGUAGAAAUAUUGAUGAUGUGGAUUUAGAUCUUAUAUGUGAUAAUUCAUUGUUGAUAUUAUCUGCUCAAAAUGUCUAUGUAGAAUUAUUAUGGAAAUAUAUAUUAUCACGCACAGACAACGAAAAAGAUGCAGUAAAAUUUUUCAAUAAAUUGAUUAUGUGCAUUCUGUAUGUUCAAAACAUUGAUAUGUACAUAGAUGGACACAUAUGUGGCUUAACACAUGAAAUUAAUCAAUUAGAACCUUUGGUAAAAAAUAUGUGGCCAAGAACAGAUCAAGAGGAUGAGAUCACUGACACAAUAUUAACGGAAGAUAUAGCUGACAUUAUCAUAACUGAAGAUAUCGUAGAUAACAUCCUAACUGAAGAUAUCAUAGAUAAUAUCCUAACUGAAGAUUUACCUGAUAUUAGUUUCAUGGAAGAUCUUAUUUUCUAA